AUGAAACGAACAAAAGAAACAUUUUUUAGAGAACAUCCAGAUUGGUAAUAUAGAUAAGGUGUAAGUGGUCUAAAGGAAUUUGAUGGUGAAGAUUUAUGUAAUAAUUAUAUUAUUAUCUUAAGAAUUUGAUUCUCGCAAUAAAUAUAAUAAAGAAUAACAAAAAUAAUGGAUUCUAGAUUAGAUAGAAGAAAAGAAAAGAAGAUAAGAUUAAGAAAAAGCAGAAGAAUAGGCAUAUGCUCAAUAAACAUUAGAGAUAAAUAGAUUUCGAGGUAUGUUACAAGACAACUUUGCUUCAAGAAAAACUGAUAUGGGAGUUGCCACUAAAUAAACUAAUCUAUAAUUGGUAAUUGUUUAUAAAUAAAUAUAAAUAUAUAGGCUAAAGAGAAAAAGGAUAAAGAGGAAAGAGUAAAGUAAGAGAAAUUGGCAGCAGAACGUGCAGAAAGAGAUUUAUUACUAUAAAGGGGUCGUAAAUAGCCAUAUAAUGGAUGAUU